GAAGGUUUUCACGUGGUGGCAUGUAGGCAUGUAGUCUUUUCAUGCCUUUUUGUAUGCAUGUUUUGUUGCCGUUUUUACCUUUAUUGUUGAGCGGUAAUUUUGUUGGAGCCACAGGAAACUGAGAAACGACAGGCUACGGUAUUGGGUAAGUAGUCCCUGCUAGCCUCCAUCAUGGAGUGGGAAAAGCUGGAGUGGUUUGGUGAACCCCAUGACCACCCUCAAAUUUAACUAUUGUACAGUGAUAGAAAAGCCGUGUUUGGAAAACCAUUCGGCUCCGCCGUGUCUUGGAAUCAGGUGAUGAGGUUGGGUUGAACAUUUUGACCAACAUAAAUUCAGGUUUCAGGUGAAGAGCAAAGCAAACAUCAACUAGCAAACAAGACAGUUGGAGAAAACUAGCCCAAUGUGGAGCAAACUUGGAACCUGGCUUCGUAGAAGUUGGCGAAAAGACCUCUUGGGGCAACAUGGGCAUAUUUAGGAGCGCCCACCGGACUCCCUGUCAGGAACGCGCUGACCCUGUUCCGCUCACGCUCACAUUCAUUGUCCUAGACCGAGCUCGGCGGAUUAUUGAUUAUUUAGUAUAUGUGCAAGCCAAGUGAACUAAGGAACUGAAAGUUGACCCAGGAUGUCCCGCAUACCAUCCAUAUGAGUGACCGGUCGAGUCAGGCAUUUGUCUCAAGAUGCCAGAGGAUGAUUUAGAUUGUUGAAGAAGAUCAAAGGGCAAUGAAGAGAGCAACUCCUUCAUUGUUGCUUUCCAUCACUGUACUGCUUUCAGUGUGCUUUGGUGGUGUCAGGGAAGGAUGUAACACUUUUGCACUGCCAAAGCAGGCUAGUUCACGUGUCCAGCGUCAGCGGGAGGGUUUGGGCAUUCAUAGCAGUGCUGGAGAGCGGUUUGAUUGGUUGGUGAACGAAACAGACCUAGUGCUUGAUCCAACUCUGGAGGAAAAGCGGCUUGCGCUCUAACUCAAGGAUGAAGGUGACAAGAAGGAUGGAGAUUGGAAGAAGGUGCUUGCCGAAGCCAACUAUACUGGGUACCAUCCAUUAGUGUUGACUGCUGCGAUGCAGGCUGCUCUCAAACAAAAGACCAUACAGGACUACGAGGAAGGUUACAGAAUUUACAAGAGGCUUAGCCGGCUUGGCUACAUGACACUCCCCACAUAUGAAGUGGCAAUGAAGCUCCUUGGCAAACUUGGGAAAUUUGACGAAGUUGACCGCCUUUGGGAUCAACUAGUUGAGUUGGACCACAGCAACCAAGUGAAUGUUGAGCGGCGCCACAUCGACCCGGUGAUUGCUGCAGCGCGCAUGCAGGCGGCCGCAGAUGAGGGAGACAUUCAAGGGGCAGCACGCGUGCUGGACUACAUGGAGAGAAACGGAAUCGCAGCCAACAAGGUGCACUUUACAUCAGCUAUCAAUGCUUGUGUAAAUGCCGCCCAGCAUGAUCGAGCCAAAGCGGCCCAGCGCUUUUUUGACAAAAUGGUUGCAAACGACAUAGUGCCUGAUAUUGUGGCAUACUGCAGCCUGCUUCGUGCUUAUCAAGGCGAAUCGUCCGAGUGUUGCUUGCGUUUGAUCGCAGACAUGAAGGGCAGGGGCAUCACGCCAAACAAAGUUUUUGCGGAGAAUUUCCUAUUCACCCUUUUGGGCAUUCGCAAAGCCCAAAGGAAAUUUACAAAGCGCAGUAUGCUUUCCUCUCUCAAGCAGCGAUCUGCUGCUGACCGCCAAGCAGCGAGGGCCUUUAUCGACGAUCUUCGAGACGAGAAUAUUCGCCUAACAUUAGCGGGCAAAGUCAUUGAUGCGGCUCUUCAGGCCAUUCCUUAUUGAAAUGCAGGUCCUGUCAUAUGAUUGAUCGUGCUGCCUUACGGAAUUCCGGAGAGAUAGAGGAUUGAUUUGUGAGCAAUCGACAAA